AUAGAUAAAUAUAUAUGUAGCAAGCUACAUAAAACUAAGAAAGAAGAAGAAGAACUAUAUAGUUUGAGUUUGUGCACAAGAACAAGAAGUGCGCUACAGAGUACCUUUAAAGUGCGCUUUGGAAGUGCGCAAAGAGUAUAAUAAGUAUAUACAGGAAAAAUGUUCCUACUGCACUCUUACAACAUUUUCUCAUUACAACAAAGAAAAGGACAGUAAUUACACCAUAAGGGGUAUGUUAGCAGUGGCUGUUGGUGUAAUAGGUUAUGCAAGUUUUAAGGAGAAAUUAUCUGCUGCAAAGAUUGUAAAUGAUAGUUUAAAAGGUAUAAGAGAAAAAUAUAACUUUAUAGCGGAUGUCGUAGCUGUUUCAGCUCCAUCUGUAGUGUAUAUAGAGAUCAAAGAUGGUAGAAGAUUUGAUUUGUUUACUGGAAAGCCGAUUACGCUAUCCAAUGGCUCGGGAUUCAUUGUGAAGGAAGAUGGUUUAAUCUUGACAAACGCUCAUGUGGUUGUUAACAAACCGAACGCUAUUGUCGAAGUUAAAUUGAUGGAUGGCUCCAUACACAAAGCUAUAGUUGAGGAUUGUGAUUUAAAAUCAGAUUUGGCAACAUUGCGGAUACCAGUAAAGAACCUACCCACUAUGAAGCUCGGAUCAUCAGCUGAUAUUAGGCCAGGAGAGUGGGUUGUAGCAAUGGGCAGUCCGCUUGCGCUAAGUAACACUGUCACAGUUGGAGUAGUGAGCUCUGCUCAGAGAGCCAGCAAGGAGAUCGGUUUAUGGGGUAAAGACAUGGUAUACAUACAGACAGACGCACCAAUAACCUUUGGCAAUAGUGGGGGUCCACUAGUCAACUUGGAUGGUGAAGCUAUCGGGGUGAAUAGUAUGACCCUGACGUCCGACAUAAGUAUGAAAGCGACGUCCCACAUAUCUUUCGCUAUACCCAUCGACUAUGUCAAGGAUUUCUUGGCUAAGAGUAAAGCGAAAUUACCGCAGGUUUCCAAGCGGUACCUCGGUAUAACGAUGAUGUCUCUCACACCCAACAUACUGAUGGAGCUGAGGAUGAGGAAUCCAGAGAUGCCGACUGACAUCAAGCACGGCAUUCUUGUCUGGAAAGUUAUAAUUGGCUCGCCGGCAUACAAUGGCGGUCUGCAGCCCGGUGACAUAGUGACUACAAUUAAUGGAAAGCCGGUGUAUAGCGCUAGCGACAUCUAUACACUUCUAGAGAGUUCCACCGGUCCCUUGGAAAUGUUAGUAGUGCGUGGACGUCAACGGAUUACUCUAACGAUAACACCCGAAGUAUAAUAAAUGUGUUUAUUAAAUACUUUCUGACUUGGCAGACGUUGUUCUAGCCUUUCCGGUAGGUGGCACUAAGAGUUUCUCUCUGAACAUUGUGUAAAUAUAAAAUAAUUAAUUAUUCGACCAAUUAUGGGUCAGACUAAUUCCAGCCGCUCAAUUUCACCAUCACACAUUGCGACAAAACUCGCGAUACCAUCCAUAUCACUUGGAUGAUUUUAAGUCCACCACUGUGCGAUUUAGAAGAAGUUACAACGUCCUUGUGGAAUCGAUUACCAUCAGCGAUUUUUCCGGACCGAUACGAUUUAGGGACCUUCAAGAACAGAGCCUACAUUUUUUUAAAAGGCCGGCAAUGCUUACCUGUAAUCCCCCUGGUGUGGCAGUUGUUAUUGGGCGGCGGUCACUAUCAGGUGAGCUGCAUUCUCGUUUGCCGCCCUAUACAAAAAAGUGCCGUCUAUCCGGUCCAAAUUGUGUGAUUGUUUUUGGCACUAAUAAUUAUACUAAUAAUUAAUUAAUACUAUGUUUUGAUCUAUAAAUACAGUUUGUUAAGAACUUGAUCCUAGCAUAACUAUGAACUAUGGUCUUCACAAAACAAAUAUAUUGUGCGAAUAUGACUUCAAUAUAUAUAUUUGUUCUUUUUAAUGGAAGCCAUGAUAUGUAAUUUUAUUUGAUUUGGGUGUUUGAGAUGUGGAGUGCUUUAACAUACUUUUAUAAGCUUGACCUGUAUAAUAUAUAUAUAUACUAACUCAUAUCAUCCCGUGAAUAUUGUAAAAGGUGACUAAGAGACUGAAACAUACGACAGGGAGCGGCAUCUUCCUGAUAACAACUACAAAUAAUUUUGUACGUGGUAGAGCCAUGCUGCAGCUAUACUAGUAGUAUAGUUGUAGCACGAAUGGGUCUUCUCGAUCGGGGAAGGACCACGCUCUCACGGAAUACCAGCGUAAAUUGACAGCUUGACACUGCCGUGUUUCGUAUGGUGAGUGUAGAGAACCGGAGACCCUUUUUACUGGAAAAGAGGCAUUCCAUCUAAGUCCUCACGGGUGAUACGCAUCUGAAUUUAAUAACCACUUACCAUCAGGUGGACUGUGUGCUCGUUUAUCACCCUUAUCCUAUAAAAAAAAUUUAAAAAGUUGGCCGUCACGGGACGCCUGGCAGAUGUGAAACAUGGUAGUUGAUGGUAAAAUUUAUAAUUAUUUUAAUUUUAAUAUGGAUCUAAAAACAAAAAUGAACAUUGAAUUUUUCACUUUGUGCGUGACGUCACUUCGUAAGAAGCGUAAGAGAGUGUCAUGCCUUUUGCCGUCACGACAUACGAGCCGGUUUUACUGUCAAGGCACGCCAAUAGAUGUUUCGUACCAAAAAUCCCCUAUUUGUCUAUUCAUAGGGUAUGACCUAUUUAAUUAAAAAAUAAUUACAGUCUCUUGACAAUCGGAGAAGAUAUUGUGUAACAUUUUGUUAUAACUGGCUUUACGGCCCUGGGUUCUAGCCCUUCUGUGACUGAAGUUACAAUGUAUAAUUAUCCUUCAUAGUACACUGCUUCACAAUAUGUUGAUGCGUCACAUUGUGCCUUGGGAGAUUUUGACGGCAACUAUAGCCAGCAGACAGCUGACAGUUGGCGAUGGUAUCUCAAGACGCCUAAGCAGACAGACACCUUAUCUUGAGAAUCACAUCACCAUCAGAGCACUUGUUACACUGUUUCCACUAAUAGUUCACAUGCACAGACAAUUAAUACACAAAAUCGCACCAUUUUUUCAUAUCAAAAUACACUUCAAACCAUUAUUUCAACAAUAGUACAAAAGCAGCAAUCCUCCGCCGUUCAAGUUCCGCCAAAACUCCUCUUGCGUAACAUAUGCAUACAAUGAAUACAGUCUAAAUAAGAACCUCGCCUUUUUUAAAGUAGACUAAAAAGACACGAUAAUGCUGUAAACUUGCAGUCCUGUACAUUUGUAUUUUAAGAAAAUUUUUAUUAUAUGACGCACCAGAUCCAGGUCUUCUCCCUUGGAGUCCGGCUGGGUAGGUACCCCACACUUCUGCUGUAGACUCAGUACUUGCUCUGCUGUGUUCCGAUAUGAAUGGCUUAGAGCCCGUAUAAUUACAGGCUUUGAGUCAUUCCAUCUUAGUCCUCAGACGCGCAUCUGUAGCCUACUUUGUACGAAGUUGAUUGAAGGAGUCCAUGGACUGCUGCACCCACUUGAUAUCAGAUGGACUUCUUUUGUCACUUCAGUUUUAUAAAAAGAAAUAUUUUACUAGCUGGCCAGGCAGACGUUCUGCCCUCUCCAACGACUCUUUGUGCUAUAAAAAAUCCUUGAAUUCGUAAUAAGUGAUAUUGAGUGUCACUUAUCGGGAUAAAAACUAUCCUAUCUCUCAAGUUGAAUCAAACUUCCCACUGUGCAAAAUUUCUUGAAAUCAGUUCAGUUGUUAAGAAGUUCAUCGCGGACAAACAAUGUUACACGUAAUGUUUAUAUAUAAAGUUAUAUCUGUCAACGUCUGAUCAACUAAAAAAAUAUACGUGCUUGAUUAUAUUUACCUACGUACAUACUUAAAUGGCGUUUUGUUACAUACAUUGUCUCAUAGUAAUAAGUAUUAAGUGUUAAUUAAGUUUGUUAAUAAACUAUUUGUUUU